ACCAAACUGACUCGGAGACGCGACGACCCGAGUACGAUUUUUCGUAUCUUCUUGUCCUGAUUUCUGAAUCUCCAAUAUAAAAAGUGUGGGCUUUCCCUGUUCUAAGUUAUCAGCUUCUAUGUUAGAGACGAAGAAAGAGAGAGCAAAUCUUUGAGGGAGACUAGGAGAGAGAGCGAGAAAUUAAUGGGACCGAGUUUGGAUUUGAGCUUGGUCUUUGUCCCGAAAACCAUUUCUGAUUUCCUCGGAGAAAUUUCAACCACCACAAACGGCUCCGAGAAACUGUCAAAGCUUGAUGAUUAUGUGCGAAGAUUGGAAGAUGAGAGGAGGAAGAUCGAAGCUUUCAAACGCGAGCUUCCUCUCUGUAUGCUUCUCUUAACCGAUGCUAUUGGCAGGUUGAAGGAGCAGGCAAUGCAGCGUACGGAAAACGAUAGCGCUGACAAGAAGAACUGGAUGAGCUCUGCUCAGCUCUGGAGCAAUGGUACCACCUGUGAUUACAAGAAAGAAGACUCAGCCUCAGAAGCAAAAUUGCGAGGCGAAGAAGACGAUCGGUCUGUGCUGGAGAACCCGGCUCAGCCAUGGAGUAAGCGAAAAAAGGGAGGGGCAUUUGAGGCAUCAAAGGAAGAGAACGAGGUUUCACAAGUCACUGGCCUUUCGCUUAUGACUCCUCCACCGCUUGAACUAAAUCCAAGCAAUUCAGUUUCCAAAAAAAAAAGCUAUUCUGGCUGUAGAGGUGGUUCUUCUGGUUCAUCUUUGUCGACAGACCCACAGAGGAAACAAAGGCGGUACUGGUCGCCUCAGUUGCAUCGUUGUUUCUCCGAGGCGGUUCGACAACUUGGGGGUGAGCAAGUGGCCACUCCUAAACAAAUUAGAGACCUCAUGCAAGUGGAUGGUCUCACAAAUGAUGAGGUGAAAAGCCAUUUGCAAAAAUAUAGACUUCAUGUUCGAAAACUUUCGUCUUCUUCAAAUACAAAUGGCUUGUGCAUGGCCCAAGAUCAAUGGGGAGAGCACUCAAAUCCAAACAGCUCUCUGUCUAGUUCUCCACAGGCUACCCUCCUUGCUGUUGGGUCUGCUAAAGGUCUAUUUAGCGUGGGAGACGACAGCAAUGAAGCAGGAGAUGAGAAAUCAGAUGGUCAUAGUAGUGAAGAUGGCUAGAAAAGGCAGCAGAAGAUUAUAGAGUCAUUGAAACCCCCGUGAUUUUUUCAGAUGCAAAUAUACGUACGUGGGGAAUAAUUAAUAAACUUUUAUGGACGUAUAAUUAAUACUUCUGACAGAGAGAGAGAGAGAGAGAGAGAAAGAGGAAUUUGUACUAAAGUUGCUUUUUUCUUUCUUUUCUGGAGGCCCUACUGCAGAGAAAGGUAAUGAGGUUUUAGAAGCCCUAUUGACAAGUUUACUCCUCUAUUUUUGAAGAGGUUUAUGCUAUGACCAUAGGGGAUACUACUACUAGAACGAGAGAUGACAGUCUUUUUCUCAUGAUGUUAUCCGACAUAUGUUCAACAUUAAACUCCCUUUCAGUUAGUUUUGCUCUAAUAUCAUAAUUUCAGGUUUUAUUUGCCUUC